UCAUCUGUUAACAUGGAGGGAAGCUUCGCAUCGUCUGAGAUCAAGAAUUCCUAUUUAGAAGGUGACAUCCUUCAAGCAAAAUCCCAACAAGAUGAAAAGCGGCUCAGCAUUGACAAUGCGCUGAUCAACGCCCGAAACGUUCUGCUGUCCCACGUGGGCGAGAAUGGCGAUAAUCUAUUCUCCCUGCUGAUGCGCCUUAUUUCGAGAAUCCUCGUGGAGAAGCCUGGCAAUGCAGUGGACCUCUUUGAAGAGUACUGCCGUUUGGUCAAGCAGGGCCAUUUCGUUCAUCCGGAUCUUAAGCUUCAAGACGUGAAAGGCGCAGAACACGAACGGAAGGUAGAAUAUGCCCGAUCAGUGCAGAGAAAAGUCCGAUCCCUGGAGCAUCUGCACUCGGCUCCGAUGUGGUCUCAGAUCGGGUUCACACUCCCGCCAUCUAUGGAUUACUUCGUUGACCGACAGAUGGAGUUGCUGAGGCAAGUAGAUGGGGCUAAGCACGUUAUGUUCUGGGGAGUGGUUCACACUUUGAGUGGAAGUUACUACGUUAUCGAGAUGGAACGGGACAGUUUUGAAGCGGUCCAGCUGGAGCUCCAGCUUAGUCAGGAGAAGACGGAAAUCGCACGGGAUGUAAUCGAGGGACUUCUGCGGGCUACGGUAUCGGAUGACACAAUCAUAUCGGAUUGGUGCGGGGCCGAAUCGAUGGUAAUGGAAAUGAUUGAUCAGAUUCUAGAGUUUGCUAUUCCUCCGGAUUCGGAUGAGCAGCUUGCAACGGCAGUUGCCGUCCCCGUACUGGACAGAAUCGUUGAGGAAGCAAUUGACGAGGCUCAAGAGCCGGAAGUGGAACUCAGCAUGAUGGGCAGCUUGGAUGUGAUUUCCUGCAAUGCCACGUUGGCGUCAUCGGAUUUGAGUUUGAACCAGCUCAAAUUCGCUUCCGCGAAAGCACUUCUCGAGGUGAAGAUGAAUGUUUUUCGCUAUUACGUGAGCAGUGACCCGGUCGAAGGCCAGUGGACUGAGCUUCCCACCGGGAUAACCCUCGAUAAGAUUAUUAACUCCUGCGAAAUAAAACGAUACUUCAAAGGCGAUUUGGAUGCGAAGUUGGCGGGAGGUUUUGUGGAACGCGACCACCUUCGGGCCGUUUUGGCUCGUAUUUCCAUGGACCGCCGGGCUUGUUGUCGUCCGUCAGAUGAAUCAACCCAAAGUCAACGGCUGAUUACUGAGCGGGACGUGGCGAUUUACUACAAGGCGACCGGAUUUCGUCGCGGGUGGCGCCAAAUGAAUAACGAGCAAAUUCCGAAAAGCGCCGGGUGGCGCAAAUCCGAUACCUGGCCCGGGUCGUAUGCUUAUGGGAAAGAGUUCUUCAUCUAUUCGGGAUGGGGUAUAGAAGGCGGUUGUUGAUUUAGAUGGUGAAUGAAACAAGAUGCAGAUGUAAUUCCAGGAAUGAAAUUAUUGAGUAGUAAUGAAUGAUUAAUCUGCUUCCCAUGA